AUGAAGUUUUCGCAUAGCAUUCAAUUCAAUGCUGUGCCCGAUUGGAGCUCCAAUUACAUUGCCUACAGCAAUUUGAAAAAAUUAAUUUAUACCCUCGAAAAGCAGGCAAACAACCCAGAUGGACAAUCAGGCGCGGAUGUCGAGUCUGCUCCACUCCUGGGGGGUUCCCAAGUGAUCAACCCAGACGCAGUCUUUAAGCGGGCGCUGGACUCAGAGCUGGAUAAAGUCUGUACCUUCUACGAGCAGAAGCAGGCCGAGAUCUUUCAAAACACAGACGAAUUGCUUCACGAAGCCAUGGGCUACCUGUCGGAGACCGCCGGCGUCAACAUGGAUCCUGUCAGCGAGACUGUCAUCAAAGCCAGAACAUUGAGCUCGAACUCGCGUUAUGAUAACACUCAGCGUCGUCGGUCCAGUGUCAGCGAGGAUGAGGCAGAUAGUGACGACGAGAAUGUUGCUUCUGCUGUCAUGGGUCUCCGUCGACAGGCGUCCACUGACGGAGGAUCUACGACCGAUGGUCAUCACCAGGGCGAUAUGACAGACUCGACCUUUUUCAAUCCAUCUGGCAGUCGCUUGCUUCGCGAUCCUGAAAUGAGUGACCAGGCGUUCUUGGCGUUGUAUAAUGCGGGAGUUUCACUCAAGAAACGUCUCAUCGAGUCAUAUGUCUCACUCUGUGAACUGCGGUCUUUCAUCGAGCUGAACAGGACUGGUUUCUCCAAAGCGCUGAAGAAGUAUGACAAGACACUCUUCCGCAACACGCGCCGAGACUACCUGACAUCUGUGGUACACCCCGCAGUGCCCUUCACCGAUUCCACAAUGGCCGCAGUUGAUAACUACAUUGAAAAGGUUGAGGGAGUGUACGCGGACGUGGUCACAAAAGGAAACCGUGAACUGGCCAGUCGAGAACUGCGAUUGCAUCUCCGUGAGCAUGUUGUUUGGGAACGGAACACGGUCUGGCGUGAAAUGAUUGAAAUCGAACGGCGUGCCCAAGCGGCCAACGUCGGUAUUCGUCGCACUCUUUUGGGAGCCGACGAAGACCCGGCCACAGCGAUUCGGCAAGGCGACAAGCAUGACAUUCGCACGACGGAAUUCACCACUCCACUUGGCCGUAUACAGUUCCCCACGUGGCUGUGCAGCUUAAGUUUUGGCGCACUCGUCUUCAGCAUGGCGGUGUUUGGAGCUUUGCUCUCAGUCCCGAUAAUGGAAUCGAUUGAACAGCAGAAUUGCCUGGCCAUGCUUGUCCUUGUCAGCAUCCUGUGGGCGACAGAAGCUAUUCCACUGUUUGUGACUUCACUGUUGAUUCCAUUCCUGGUGGUCAUCCUAGGUAUCAUGCGGUCCGAUGAUAAACCGUACACGCGAUUGCCUCCGAAAGAGGCAACAAAGAUGGUCUUCGCGUCUAUGUGGACUCCAGUGAUCAUGCUGCUCCUCGGCGGCUUCACAAUUGCUGCAGCAUUGUCAAAAUACGAUAUUGCCCGCCGGAUGGCAAUGUUUGUCUUGAGUAAAGCUGGAUCAAAGCCCAAGAUUGUUCUCCUGACGAACAUGUUUGUCAGUAUGUUCCUCAGCAUGUGGAUCAGCAACGUUGCCUCUCCCGUGCUCUGCUACUCGAUCAUCCAGCCACUCCUGCGCAAUUUGUCACCCGAUUCCGACUUUGCCAAGUCGCUGGUGCUCGGUAUUGCACUGGCUGCCAACGUGGGCGGUGCGGCAUCUCCCAUCGCAUCGCCGCAAAACAUUAUCGCCCUUCAGAACAUGUAUCCGAGCAUCAGUUGGGGAACAUGGUUUUUCAUCUCGCUGCCUGUGUGUAUAAUUUCCAUCCUCUUGAUUUGGGGGCUGUUGCUGGUGACUUUCAAUCCUGGUCGCAAUGCCACGGUGAUUCCCAUUCGCCCCGUCAAGGAUCGCUUCACUGGCGUUCAGUACUUUAUCAGUGCGGUGACUUUGCUCACGAUCGCGCUCUGGUGUGCCAGCCAUCAGCUGGAGCAUGUCUUUGGUGAUAUGGGUGUGAUUGCCAUUAUCCCGUUGGUCGUCUUCUUCGGCACGGGAAUUCUCAACAAGGAGGAUUUCAACAACUUUCUAUGGACGAUCAUCAUUUUGGCCGCCGGCGGUCUCUGCCUCGGCAAGGCGGUCACCUCCUCCGGUCUCCUGCACACGAUUGCAUCCGGGAUCACGGCCCGUGUCGAGCAUCUCAGCCUGUAUGGCGUGCUCCUUGUAUUCUCAGCCUUGAUCCUUGUCAUCGCCACAUUCAUCUCACACACCGUCGCUGCAUUGAUCAUUCUCCCUCUUGUGCGCCAGAUUGGUGUUGGCAUGGAGGACCCCCACCCCAACUUGCUGGUCAUGGCCAGUGCUCUGAUGUGCUCGGUUGCCAUGGCCUUGCCCACGAGUGGUUUCCCGAAUAUGACUGCCAUCAUGACCGAAUUCCCACAGACUGGCCAGCGCUACCUGCAUGUCCGCCAUUUCCUCACCCGAGGUAUUCCGGCCAGUCUGAUGUCCUUUGUGGUAAUUGUGACUCUCGGCUACGGCCUCAUGUACGUUGCAGGCCUCUAG